AUGAAGUUUCUUAGAGAUACAGGGAAAAUUCUAUUACUCCUGGUAUUGGUCAUUGCGACAAAUGCACAGGACCUCGGUUGGUAUCAGCCUUUCUUAAGUGAGCGAAUUGCUCCGAUGUAUGUGAGUGCUUAUCGAACACUGAAGAACAACAUAGUCAAUCCAUUAUUGACAUUCAAAGAAGACGAACUGGCAAAAAAUGACACAAACGUGACAACCAUUGUUCUUUUGGCUCAGCGGCUAACAUGUGCAACAAAGCAACUUUACAAUGAUUCAUCAAAAGCAUUGCACGCAAGCGAAGAACUGAAUUCAGUUGUGGAGAAGAAGGUAGCAGAGCUAAUGUCAGCGAUAUCGGCAAAAGAAAACGAAGCACGAGAAGUGAAUAAUCAGUUGGCUGUCAUUGAAUCCCGAUUGGCUCAUGCACAAGCGAACAUUAACCAAGCAGACAUUGAAGUUCGAAAUAAAGUGAACGAACUGGGCAAUGCUGAUAGGCAGCUUGCUGCAGAACAAGAUAAACUGGAGAGAGCACGGUACUGUGGAAGAAGAAAAAAGCGACUUUUGGGUAAACCUUGGCGUCGUUUUCGAGACAAAGUGAUUAAGCCGGUAAUUCGUCCAAUUUGUGCAGUAUUGAAUUAUGAAGGCAUCAAAAGGGCCCGAGAACGUCGUGGAAGCGCCAAAGGUGCAGUAAAUGCUGCCAGAGAACUGUUAGCCAAUCGUCAACGUGAACUUGAAAGACAGCGUGUAGAACAAGUUAACUUCAGAAAUCAAAAGGCUCAGGUGACUGCCCAGCUUCAGAGCCUCUCACUUAGUCUUUCUCAACUACGAAGUCGUCAGCUUAUAUUGGCAAAUAUGACAGAACAGGUUCGUAAAGUAGUACAACAUCUAAGAUCAUUCGUGUCAAAAUCAUCUGUUCUAUACAAUGAACUUCAAGAUUUGGUCAGCUUCGAAAAUCUUGUUAAACCACUGAAUUCCAUCGUAACAGAAUUAAUCGAGAAUGGUGUAACCACUAAAGAGAUAACUGGAGCGACUCAAAUUUCUUCAGUAGAAGUCCAGCUAACCAGUGAUAUUCUUGAUCUUAUUAAAGCGCGUGUACCUUCUUUACCUUCGAACGAAGGGGAUUCAUAUACUUGUUAA